UCGAAGUUCUACAAUGAAUGUAACAUUUUUAUUUGUUAUUGUUUGCUUUGUAGCUGCAUGCUCAUUAGCAUCAGCUCGUUCGACAGAACCAAAUGAGAGUGAAGCUGAGUCUUAUGCUCAAGAAACAUCUCAAAACAGCCACAAGGCCAAUAAAUCCAACAAAGGGAAGAAUGAAAAGGAAAAAAGCAACGGAAAGAACAAAAAAGACAAAGAAAAAGGCAACAAAAAGAAGCAAAAUCAAGAAAAUGAAAUAAAAAAUGGAAAAAAUAAAGAAAAUCAGCAAAGUUCACAGAAUGAAAGUGAAAAAAGACCCAAUCGUCUAGGCUGUAAUGGAGCGCCUACACGUCCACCAACUGCUCAGCCAGAAGAUCCACAACAAUCUUAAUAUUAUCACAUUUAAAUGACAAAAUGUGUUUAGAAGUUUUUAAUUACUGCAAUA